UCUUCAUCUCUAUCUGGUUUGUAUUUUAUUGCCCAUCACACUUUACCUUUCCCAGAUCUUUCUGUUCCUGGCACUCUACCAAAACUUUUUCAAAGCUUUUUCGUUUUCUUUGGCAGGUAAGACAACAAUGGCAGAUUGGGGUCCUGUUUUAAUAGCAGUGGUGCUGUUUGUGCUGUUGAGUCCUGGGCUUUUGUUUCAGAUUCCUGGGAGUGGCAAAAACAGAGUUAUUGAGUUUGGCAACAUGCAUACCAGUGGUGCAUCUAUUCUUGUUCACACAGUUAUCUACUUUGGCUUAAUCACCAUAUUCCUUAUUGUCAUUAAUGUUCAUGUCUAUACUGACUAGCUAUUCACUAAACUUUUGCUAUUUGUAUUGUACUGUGACAGUUUAUUUGUUUAAAUUAUUAUUCAUAGUUUAUGCUUC